GAACUUCCCAAACACUUUUCCACACACAAAAAAAUUUCACAUUUUCCUCUCUGAGAUAGUUUUUUUUUUUCUUAUCUGAUUCUCAAAAUUUCAAAUUGGUUGCGAUUUCUGAGUUCGGGACUGCGAUCCUUGAACUGAAAAGUCGCAAUUUUUGUCUCUUUUUCGUGGUUCCUCGGGUUUUCGGAUAUGGAGGUUUCGGUGAUCUGUAGCUCUCAGGCGAAGAUUAGGAAAACCGAGUUGGCGUACCGGGAACUUGGGUGUUUCGAUCCGAAAGGUGUUAGCAAGGCGUUUUCUGCUAAAAGCAGGGUCUGUUUCAGUCCGAGCACGAUGUGGAGAAAGGCUGGGAUUCGAUCCACUUUGAAGGCUGUUCAAUCUGAAGCUGUACGAUCUGAGAAAGUCUCGGGUUCUUCCAGAAUGUCCAAAUCGCGUGAUGGUGUAAGAUUGUUUGUUGGGUUGCCCUUGGAUGCUGUUUCCGACUGCAAUACUGUAAACCAUGCUAGGGCAAUUGCAGCUGGCCUAAAGGCUCUAAAGCUAUUGGGAGUGGAAGGCGUAGAGCUUCCAGUUUGGUGGGGAAUAGUAGAGAAAGAAGCCAUGAGAAAGUAUGAGUGGUCAGGCUAUCUUGCUCUUGCCAAGAUGGUUCAGGAUGCAGGUCUCAAGCUUCACGUGUCGCUUUGCUUCCACGCUUCCAAACAACCAAAAAUUCCUCUCCCUGAGUGGGUAUCCCGAAUUGGUGAAUCCGACCCCAAUAUUUUCUUCACUGAUAGGGCAGGACAGCAUUACAAAGAGUGCCUAUCACUAGCUGUUGAUGAUCUUCCAGUGCUUGAUGGCAGGACUCCGAUCCAAGUCUACCAUGAGUUUUGUGAGAGUUUCAAGUCUUCUUUUUCACCUUUCAUGGGUUCCACUCUCACGGGCAUCUCUAUGGGUCUAGGACCAGAUGGUGAGCUUCGAUAUCCUUCACACCACAAGCUAACCAAAAGUAAUCAAAUCCCAGGAGUUGGGGAAUUCCAGUGUUACGAUAAAAACAUGCUUGGCAUUCUGAAACAACAUGCUGAAGCAACGGGAAAUUCUUUAUGGGGACUUGGUGGUCCCCACGAUGUCCCCACUUAUGACCAGUCACCCAAUUCAAACAACUUCUUCAGGGACAAUGGUGGAUCAUGGGAUUCUCCAUAUGGUGACUUCUUCCUUUCCUGGUACUCAAACCAGCUCAUUUCUCAUGGAAAUCGCCUCCUCUCGCUUGCCGCCUCAACUUUCAGUGAAUCUGCAGCCACAGUAUGUGGGAAAAUCCCCCUGAUGCACUCUUGGUACAAAACCAGAUCCCAUCCUUCUGAGCUGACUGCAGGGUACUAUAACACAACCACAAGAGAUGGUUAUGAAGUUGUCGCAGAGAUGUUUGCACGUAAUUCAUGCAAAAUGAUUUUGCCUGGAAUGGACCUCUCGGAUGAGCACCAGUCUCAUGAGUCUCUCUCAAGCCCUGAGUUUUUACUUGCAGAUAUAAAGAAAGCUUGCAGAAAGCACGGGGUCGAGGUUUGUGGACAAAAUUCUUCUGCUUCCAUGGCUCCUGGAGGAUUUGAACAGAUAAAGAAGAAUUUGUUGGGUGAGAAUAUUGUGGACUUGUUCAGUUAUCAGAGAAUGGGAGCUUAUUUUUUCUCCCCAGAGCACUUCCCUUCAUUCACAGGGUUCGUCCGGAGUCUUAACCAACCAGAAUUGCAUUCCGAUGAUCUCCCUGAACAAGAGGAAGAAGCUGCCGGCUCUCUGAAUGUAAGUUCAGAAGCAAGCGUUCACAUGCAAGCGGUUUAGUCAGAGUUAAGACAUAUUGCUGUAUAUAUAUUGAUCAACGCAUGUAUUAUAUGAAUUGUAUGAAAAAAAUGUGAUAUCUAAUAAGGAUAGGUGGUGUAUGGGAUUUCAUAUUAAGAAUGUAAAAUUUUUACUCUUUAUAGUGUUUCAAUGGAACUUCAUUUGUA